CAUGUCAGCCAAGGCAAUUUCAGAGCAGACAGGCAAAGAACUCCUUUACAAGUACAUCUGUACCACCUCAGCCAUCCAGAACCGGUUCAAGUAUGCCCGGGUUACUCCCGACACAGACUGGGCCCAUCUGCUGCAGGACCACCCCUGGCUGCUUAGCCAGAGCUUGGUAGUCAAGCCGGACCAGCUGAUCAAACGUCGAGGAAAGCUUGGUCUAGUCGGGGUCAACCUCUCUCUGGAUGGAGUCAAAUCCUGGCUGAAACCUCGACUGGGACAUGAGGCCACCGUCGGCAAGGCCAAAGGCUUCCUCAAGAACUUUCUGAUUGAGCCCUUCGUCCCCCACAGUCAGGCGGAGGAGUUCUACGUGUGCAUCUAUGCUACCCGGGAAGGAGACUACGUCCUGUUCCACCAUGAAGGGGGUGUGGAUGUGGGCGAUGUGGAUGCCAAAGCCCAGAAGCUGCUUGUGGGAGUGGACGAGAAGCUGAACACUGAAGACAUUAAGAGACACCUGUUGGUCCAUGCCCCCGAAGACAAGAAAGAAAUCCUGGCCAGCUUCAUCUCCGGCCUAUUCAAUUUCUACGAAGAUCUUUACUUCACCUACCUUGAGAUCAACCCCCUUGUGGUGACCAAAGAUGGUGUCUACAUCCUUGACCUGGCGGCCAAGGUGGACGCCACUGCUGACUACAUCUGCAAAGUCAAGUGGGGUGAUAUAGAGUUCCCUCCCCCCUUUGGGCGUGAGGCAUACCCAGAGGAAGCCUACAUUGCAGACCUGGAUGCCAAAAGUGGGGCGAGCUUGAAGCUGACCUUGCUGAACCCCAAGGGGCGGAUCUGGACCAUGGUUGCUGGGGGUGGCGCCUCCGUCGUGUACAGUGAUACCAUCUGUGAUCUUGGAGGUGUCAACGAACUGGCGAAUUACGGGGAGUACUCUGGUGCCCCCAGUGAACAACAGACCUAUGACUACGCCAAGACCAUCCUCUCACUUAUGACUCGAGAGAAGCACCCGGAUGGCAAGAUCCUCAUCAUUGGAGGUAGCAUUGCAAACUUCACCAACGUGGCCGCCACCUUCAAGGGCAUUGUGAGAGCAAUUCGAGAUUACCAGGGUCCCCUGAAGGAGCACGAGGUCACCAUCUUUGUUCGAAGAGGUGGCCCGAACUAUCAAGAGGGAUUACGAGUGAUGGGAGAAGUUGGGAAGACCACUGGAAUCCCCAUCCAUGUCUUUGGCACAGAAACUCACAUGACGGCCAUUGUGGGCAUGGCCCUGGGCCACCGGCCCAUUCCCAACCAGCCACCCACAGCGGCUCACACUGCCAACUUCCUCCUUAAUGCCAGUGGGAGCACAUCGACGCCAGCACCCAGCAGGACAGCGUCUUUUUCCGAGUCCAGAGCUGACGAGGUAGCCCCUGCAAAGAAAGCCAAGCCAGCCAUGCCCCAAGAUUCAGUCCCAAGUCCAAGAUCCCUGCAAGGAAAGAGUGCCACCCUCUUCAGCCGACAUACCAAGGCUAUCGUGUGGGGCAUGCAGACCCGGGCUGUGCAGGGCAUGCUGGACUUUGACUACGUGUGCUCCCGAGAUGAGCCUUCAGUGGCUGCCAUGGUCUACCCGUUCACGGGGGAUCACAAGCAGAAGUUUUACUGGGGACACAAGGAAAUCCUGAUCCCUGUCUUCAAGAACAUGGCUGACGCCAUGAAAAAGCAUCCGGAGGUGGACGUGCUAAUCAACUUUGCAUCUCUGCGAUCGGCUUAUGACAGCACCAUGGAGACCAUGAACUAUGCACAGAUCCGGACCAUAGCCAUCAUAGCAGAAGGCAUCCCUGAGGCUCUCACACGGAAGCUCAUCAAGAAGGCAGACCAGAAGGGCGUGACCAUCAUUGGGCCAGCCACGGUUGGGGGCAUCAAGCCUGGAUGCUUUAAGAUUGGGAAUACUGGUGGGAUGCUGGACAACAUCCUGGCCUCCAAACUGUAUCGCCCAGGCAGUGUGGCCUACGUCUCGCGUUCAGGAGGCAUGUCUAACGAACUCAAUAAUAUCAUCUCUCGGACCACAGAUGGUGUCUACGAGGGUGUCGCCAUCGGCGGGGACAGGUACCCUGGGUCCACAUUCAUGGAUCACGUGCUGCGCUACCAAGACACUCCAGGAGUCAAGAUGAUUGUAGUUCUUGGGGAGAUAGGGGGUACAGAGGAAUAUAAGAUCUGCCGGGGCAUCAAGGAGGGCCGCCUCACCAAGCCAGUGGUCUGCUGGUGCAUCGGGACCUGUGCCACCAUGUUCUCCUCUGAGGUCCAGUUUGGCCACGCUGGGGCUUGUGCCAACCAGGCUUCUGAAACGGCAGUAGCCAAGAACCAAGCCUUGAAGGAAGCGGGAGUGUUUGUGCCCCGAAGCUUUGAUGAGCUCGGAGAAAUCAUUCAGUCCGUGUAUGAAGAUCUUGUGGCCAAAGGCGCCAUUGUCCCUGCUCAGGAAGUGCCACCUCCAACAGUGCCCAUGGACUACUCUUGGGCCAGGGAACUGGGUUUGAUCCGAAAACCUGCCUCAUUCAUGACCAGCAUCUGUGACGAGCGGGGGCAGGAGCUCAUUUAUGCAGGCAUGCCCAUCACCGAGGUCUUCAAGGAAGAGAUGGGCAUUGGUGGUGUCCUCGGCCUCCUCUGGUUCCAGAGAAGGUUGCCCAAGUAUUCCUGCCAGUUCAUUGAGAUGUGUCUGAUGGUCACCGCUGAUCACGGGCCAGCUGUCUCCGGGGCCCAUAACACCAUCAUCUGUGCUCGGGCUGGGAAGGACCUGGUCUCCAGCCUCACCUCAGGACUGCUCACCAUUGUAAGUCUGGCCUUCCUGGGAGGCACCAGUUUUGGCACCGUGCUGCCUAAAUGCAGCAGACUCCCAGGAGCCCAGGGUAAACACCCCAGGCCAGAUGCUGCUCAGGGCUCCCUGGGAUGGUUUGCAGGGCUAGGGAAGCAAGCCAUCACCAUCAGCAAUAUGGGUUCCUUUCUCCUACAGGGAGACCGGUUUGGGGGUGCCUUGGACGCAGCAGCAAAGAUGUUCAGUAAAGCCUUUGACAGUGGCAUUAUUCCCAUGGAGUUUGUGAACAAGAUGAAGAAGGAGGGGAAACUGAUCAUGGGCAUCGGCCAUCGAGUAAAAUCGAUAAACAACCCAGACAUGCGAGUGCAGAUCCUCAAAGACUUUGUCAAACAGCACUUCCCCGCCACCCCACUGCUCGACUAUGCACUGGAAGUGGAGAAAAUCACCACCUCAAAGAAGCCAAAUCUUAUCCUGAACGUGGAUGGUUUCAUCGGCGUUGCGUUUGUGGACAUGCUUAGGAACUGUGGCUCCUUCACCCGGGAGGAAGCUGACGAGUAUGUUGACAUUGGAGCCCUCAAUGGCAUCUUUGUGCUGGGAAGGAGUAUGGGCUUCAUUGGGCACUAUCUUGACCAGAAGAGGCUGAAGCAAGGGCUGUAUCGUCACCCCUGGGACGACAUUUCCUAUGUUCUCCCGGAACACAUGAGCAUGUAACCGAGCCAGCAGCCCUACCGUAGAAAAAGGAAGACAAAAACUCCCUCCUCGACAAUAUAGCGGACAGACAGCUGGAAGCAGAGCCCGUUAUGGGCUGGGCCUGGAAUGGAAAUAGCCACUGAUGUGCAGGCAUGGAAAGCCAACACCACAGGCCCAUUCAGUCCAUACAAAGAAGCUUAGUAUUUUUUUUAUAUAUAUAUGUCUAUAUAUAUAUAAGCAUAGAAAUUUAAAACCAAGCUAAUACUUGUGACGUUUGCUCUGCUACCUGCUGUAUCUAUUAUAUGGAAGAGUGUAAGCAAGCACUGUCAGAAUAAUGUUCUUCUAGGGCCUUAUGAUGUUGCUUUCUUUUUUUAAUUAGUUAAAAAUUUAUUUUUCCUCUAGAGGAAGGGAAUGCGACUUUUAAGACUUCAGGAUACUAUCUGUUUGUAGGACCACUGUCUGGUAUCCCACCUCCCACUCAUCUUCCCACAUGAAGAACACUGUAUUAAUCUGAUUUUUAAGGAUCUUUUUUUUUUUUUUUCUGUGUUAUGUGUUAAGGGUUUAUUUAGUAUCCCACUGAAACGUUCUGUGUUACAGACCAAUGUCUACUUAUGUCAAGGGGAGGAGGGUUGGGACCAUUGUACCCUUAGCCAUCGUCACACAUGUGGAGUAGUAACUUAAAUGUAAAGUUGUAACAUACAAGUGUUUAAAAUGGAAACCGCAAAGCAAAAAGCUGUGAAACGUCUCGUGUCUUGUGUUCUCUGUGUUCAUGCAGCUGACUUGUCUGUUACUGAAGUGUGGGUCCAAAGACUCACAUCUGUUCCGCAUCUGUAACCCACAGAGAUUCUGGGCAGCUGCCACCUCAGUCUCUUCUCUGUAUUAUCAUGUUUGGUUUAAAUAAACUAGAUAGUAACAACGG